AUGAAAACAGCAGUGGCCGUCCCUGUCAGUUUGGUAGUCGUUCAUGCCACCCUCUUUAGCAAGAUAAAGGAGGAAGACCCCUGCAAGGACAACGAGCCAGAACACUGUAAAGAGAAGGUCCCGAAAGAGUAUUGUGAGUCACAGUUCCACACAUGGGAACAAAAGAAGGCAAAAUGCAUGAAAUCUUGUAAAAUGUGCUGCGAUGAGGCGGAUCCCGAGAAAGGACCUCAUGAUGAUUAUGCCACUCCGGUAUCGGAAAGCCAACUCUGGGUUUAG